CCGCUCGCAAUCCAGAAGCCCUGUUAUUAUUAAUAAAUCUCGGGAGCGAUUGGAGUAUUCUUCUUAUUCUUCUCUGUGCAAGAGUUAUCCGUCUAUCUGUCUAUGAUCCGUGGUCAACGCUGAUAACGGCAUCUUUCUCACACCCGGUGAAAGCGCAUCGAAGAAACACAUCUCUGGCGUCAACACAAUAUAUCUACAGCCCUGUCGAUAACCUGCUCAGGGCAAUGGCAGAGACGCCCCAGUCUCUCUCCAUCUCCAACACGGCAAAUGGCCACGUUCCAAUGACUCCCCCACAUCAGUCCGCGCCGUUCCCCGCAACCACAGCAUCUGCAUCUGCAUCACCACCACCACCACCACCACCACAGUCAGUCGCAAACGCACCGGGCAACAGUGAAACCAGAGAAGAUGAAGAUCUGGCCUCCGUCAUUGCCAGCGUCCACCGUCGAGUCUACUCCUUUCUCUCCGAAUCCCACCCUCCCGACUCUCUCCUCGCCGCCGUCCAGCGUCAGACCCGGACAUCUCUCGAUAUCGUCAAGGACGCUCUAGCCCGCUAUCGCCUCUCGGAGCUCUCUCUGUCGUACAAUGGCGGAAAGGAUUGCCUGGUGCUUCUCAUUAUUUUCCUGGCCGGGUUACACGAGCACUACUCCUCCCGGGAUCCCGGUCCCCAGAAGGCGGGUGGGAAUCGUCUUCUUCCCAUUUCCUCCAUUCCUGCCAUAUACGCCCUCCCACCCGACCCGUUUCCCGACGUCGAGGAGUUCGUCCAGUCGUCCUCCCGUAUGUAUCAUCUCUCCGUGACCAAAUACACCACCAAUCCCCCCUGCGCCACCAUCCGCUCGUGCUUUGAGAGUUACCUGUCCUUGAAUCCCGGCAUUCGGGCUAUCUUCGUCGGCACACGACGCACUGAUCCGCACGGCGAAAAGUUGACGCAUUUCGACCAGACGGAUCACGGAUGGCCCGAUUUCAUGCGCAUUCACCCGGUCAUCGACUGGCAUUAUGCUGAGAUCUGGGCGUUCAUCCGCCAUCUGCGCUUCGAGUACUGCCGUCUCUACGACCAGGGCUAUACAAGCCUUGGUGGAAAGACCGAUACGCAUCCCAAUCCAAGGCUGCGUUUUGAUGACAGGAACGCCAAUCAGCAAGGCUUCGAUGCCAAUGGCCAACAUUACCGACCGGCCUACGAGCUAACGGAAGAUGUAGAAGAGCGCUUAGGACGUAACUGAUCACCAGCGCGGGCAGCCACUGUCUUGCAUCCUCGGAGGCCUUCAUCCAUAGAAUUCUCCUCAUCCACCAUCGCUUUUGAUAUAUCUGUUGUGCGUCUUGUCACCCCAUUUUUCCUCGGAGCAGGCGCUUCUUUCAUAAAUGCAAACGCAUGCGCACACUGGCAGCCAUUUCUUAACUGCCGCAGGUUUGAUUUAGACAUAUAUUCUAUUAGACUAAUGGCUAUUUUUGGAACAUGUCGGCGUCCCUUCAACAAAUGCAACA